AUGGAAAGCUGGAAACUUCCAAAAACAAAUUCAUCGAGCAACACAGAAAAAGUCAAACAAUUCCAAUAUAUCAACAAUGACAAUGAUAUCAUACAACGACGUUUCAAUUUUCAAAAGACACAAGACACCAUCUUUAUUUGGUUGAAAACUAACGACACAAAUUGUCAAGAUUCAAUUCAACAACUUCAACAAAUUGUUAGUUCUGUCAAUAUUUUUGACGAUAGUGAUGAAUGUGUUGAUUAUAUUACUAACAUUACAGAUAAUAGAGUCUGUUUGAUUAUCGCAACGUCUCUGGCACAAUAUACAAUACCUUGUAUACAUGAACUUUCGCAUCUGCAUUAUAUUUUCGUUUUCGGUAAUUCUACCACAUACGAUAACGAAUGGAAGAAAGAAUGGUCAAAAGUAACAGAUGUUUUCACAGAAGUAACGAUUCUUUGUAAAGCACUCAAACAAUUAAGCCAUCAAUGUCAACAGAACGAUAUACCUAUCAGUUUUGUAAUGCCUGGUGAGAAACUGAACAAAUUGGAUCCAUCUUUUAUGUAUACACAAAUUAUGAAGGACAUCUUGUUGACUAUCGAAUACAAAGAAGAACAUAUCAAAGAAUAUUGCAACUAUUGUUGCGAUAUAUAUGCUGACAAACCUCAGACUUUAAUCAGCAUUCGACAAUUCGAAUAUGAAUACAAUAAAAAAUCACCUGUAUGGUGCUACAGUUACUAUGAUUUUCUCUAUCCUAUGCUUAAUCGUUCCUUGAGAGUGAUGGAUGGAGAUAUUAUCAGGCAAAUGGGAUUCUUUAUCACUGAUCUUCAUCGAAAUAUCGAACAACUGCACAAAGAACAGUAUGCUGCUAAUUCUUCUAAUGAGUCGUUUACAGUCUACCGGGGCCAAGCAUUAUCCAAACCAAAAUUUGAUCAGCUAAUAAAAGCCAAACGUGGACUGAUAUCAUUCAACAAUUUUUUGUCUACUUCUAGAGACUGUGCCGUGGCACAGAUGUUUGGUGAAAGCAAUGCGGUAAUUCCGGAUCAUGUAGGAGUUAUCUUUGUUAUGAAGAUAGUUCCUACUCAAUCAACGACACCAUUUGCUUCGAUACACACGAUGAGUAACUAUCAGGACGAAAAAGAAAUUCUCUUUUCGAUGCAUACAAUAUUCCGUAUAAACGAAAUUGAAUCAAUCGGUGACGGUAAUAGAAUAUAUAAAGUUGAUUUAUCACUCACCAGUGAUAACGAUAACGAUCUAUAUGAACUUACACAAUUUAUUAAGCAAGAAAGUUAUCUUCACGGUCAAAACUGGUUUCGAUUGGCGCAAUUGCUGAUAGACGUUGGACAACAAAAUGCAGCAGAACCUAUUUCUCAAUCGUUACUCAACGACAAUUUUAGUAAUCAUGAAGCACAGAAAAUUUCUAAUCAACUUGGCACAAUAAAACUCGAGCAAGGAAAAUACUCAGAAGCUCUUGCAUUGUAUCAAGAAGUAUUUUCAAAUAGAAUAGCAUCCUUUUCACCGAGUUAUCCUAGUUCGACUGCACCCUAUACUAACAUGGGUCAGGUACAUGAUGAGGAAAUACUCAUGAUUCCAGCAGAAUCACUUCCACCCAAUCUUCCUGGUUUGGCUGAUUCCUACACGAACAUGGGCCUAGUGCAUUAUAGAAUGGGUAACUACGCUAGUGCACUUGAAUAUCACCGGAAAGCACUUAUGAUUAAGAGAAAAUUAUUUUCACCGAACCAUUCUAGCUUGGCUGCAACCUAUACCAAUAUUGGUGUAGUGCAUCGAGAGAUGGGUAACUACGUUGGUGCACUUGAAUGUCAUGAAACAGCACUUGCAAUUCAAGCAGAAUCACUUCCGCCGAAUCAUCCUAGUAUGGCUGCAUCUUAUACUAACAUUGGUGUGGUGUACCGUGAGAUGGGCAAUUUCACCAGUGCACUUGAAUGUCAUACGAAGGCACUUGCGAUUGAAGCAGAAUCUCUUCCACUGAAUCAUCCUACUCUGGCUGCAUCCUAUACUAACAUUGGUGUAGUAUAUCAUGAUAUGGGUAAUUAUGCUAAUGCGCUUGAAUAUCAUGAGAAAGCGCUGGCAAUUAGGACAGAAUUACUUCCAUCAAAACAUCCUAGUUUAGCUGAUUCCUACACGAACAUUGGUCUAGUGCACCGCGAGAUGGGUAAUUACGUUAGUGCACUUGAGUAUCAAAGAAAAGCACUUGCGAUCAAAAACGAAUCACUUCCACUAAAACAUCCUAGUUUAGCUGAUUCUUACACGAACAUUGGUUUGGUGCAUCAAGGAAUGGGUGAUUACACGAGUGCACUUGAAUAUCAUGAGAAGGCACUUGCGAUCAAGAGAGAAUCACUUCCGCCAAGUUUGGCUAAUAUAGCUGAUUCUUACACGAAUAUUGGUCUGAUAUAUCAUGAAAUGGGGAAUUACACGAGCGCACUCGAAUAUCAUGAAAAAGCACUUGCUAUCAAAAACAAAUCGCUUUCACCGAAUCAUCUUAGCGUGGCUGCAUCAUAUGUCAAUAUUGGUAUGACCUACCGUGAACUCGGAAAUUGCGUUAGUGCGCUUGAAUAUCAUGAGAAAGCGCUUGCGAUUCAAUUGAAAUUACUUCCACCGAACCAUCCUAGUUUGGCUAUAUCCUAUGUCAAUAUUGGCUUGGUGUAUGAGAAUAUGAGCGAUCUUUUAAAAGAACGUUGUUAUUUCGAAAAAGGAUUGGGAAUUUGGAGAAAUAUUCUUCCUGAAGACGAUUCAAGAGUUAUAGCGGUUUGUGAAAAACUCGGUUAUGUCUAUGUGAAAGAAGGAAAACAUGGAAACGUUCUUAUAUUUUGCCCAGACAGCUUUGAAGUCAAGGAAGAAAGGAAAUACUUCAUAAAGAGACGCUUACGAUCAUCUUGA